GACAGCGGGCAGGAGCCAUGGCUGCCACCAGGCCGCUGUCCCGGUUCUGGGAGUUGGGGAAGAACAUCGUGUGGGUGGGCAGGAACUAUGCGGAUCGAGUCAGGGAGAUGCAGAGCGCGGUGCCGAGCGAGCAGUUGCUCUUCCUGAAGCCGCCCUGGCUUAACGCCCCCGAGGGCUCGCCGGUCCUGAUGCCCGCCUGCAGCCGCAACCUGCACCGUGAGCUCGAGCUGGGCGUACUGAUGAGCAAGCGCGGCCGCGCCGUCCUGGAGGCCACGGCCAUGGCCUACGUGGCCGGCUAUGCCCUGUGCCUGGACAUGACCACCAGGGAUGUGCAGGACGAGUGCAAGAAGAAGGGGCUGCCUUGGACUCUGGCCAAGAGCUUCACGGCCUCCUGCCCCGUCAGCGCUCUCGUGCCCAAAGAGAAGUUCCCUGACCCUCACAACCUGAAGCUCUGGCUCAAGGUCUAUGACGAACUCAGGCAGGACGGUGAGGCAUCCUCCAUGAUUUUUUCCAUCCCCUACCUCAUCAGCUACGUUUCUAAGAUAAUGACCUUGGAAGAAGGAGAUAUUAUCUUGACCGGGACGCGAAAGGGAGUGGGAUCUGUUAAAACGAUGAGAUCCAGACUGGCAUACACGGGGUCAUCGGUAUGAAAUUUAAGGUGGAAAGGCCAGAAUAUUGAGUCUAUACAAAGCACCCUAGCUUAUUAACACAAGUUUCAGGGCAGAAGGGAGCAAGACAAAAGCAAGCAAGCAAAGGUUAUUUAAUUAAAUAUGACAAUUUUUAAUAAGAAGCCAAUUUUUUUAAAUGAUU